AUGAAGCUGCUUGUUUACUUAGUCUUGCUUAAGACAGCUCUCCUGGCUUUAACAAAUGUCUUUGCGGUUGUUCUAGAAGAUGAAAAGGAUGCUAAAGAAGGAAAAAUUACUGGUACUUGUCCUAUAAAGCUCAAAACUAAUGGGGAUUGUGAUGAAGGAGAGGAUUGUCCAUAUCAGAUAAAUCUGCCCCCAAUGACUAUCCAGCUACCCAAACAAUUCAGAUUGAUUGAGAAGACUCUCAAAGAAGUACAGACCCUUAAAGAAGCAGUAAACAAGCUGAAGAAGUGUUGCCAAGAUUCCAAGCUGCAGGCAGAUGACAACCAAGAAAGAGACAGGAGUAAUGAACUCCUGCCACCUAAUGCAGAAACUCCAGCAGAAAACAGUGAAAUCCAAGACAACAGAGUAAAGGAACUGCAAAGCAAAGUGAACAGAAUGGCAACCAGCUUAAAAAAUGCAAAGAACCAGAUUCAGACCCUGCAGGGUCGUAUAGAGAAGAUGAGUCUCCUGAAUAUGAACAAUGUGGAACAUUAUGUUGACAGCAAAGUUGCUAAUUUGACGUUUGUUGUGAACAGUCUUGAUAACAAAUGUUCUUCUAAGUGCCCAGCAAUGCAACCAAGACCUGUUAUGCAAAUAAUGCAGAGAGACUGUGCAGAUCUUUAUACAGCAGGCAAAAGGAGUAAUGGGAUCUACUACAUUACCCCUGACCCCAGAAAUAACAGCUUCCAAGUUUAUUGUGACAUGGAAACACAAGGAGGCGGCUGGACGGUGCUACAGCGGCGUCAGGAUGGUAGCACCAACUUUAACAGAACGUGGAAUGACUACAAAAAUGGCUUUGGAAACCUCAGCAGGGAGUUUUGGCUGGGGAAUGACAAAAUUCACCUCCUGACAAAGAGCCAGGACAUGCAACUGAGAAUUGAACUUGAAGAUUUCAAUGGUAUCAGAGAGUACGCUAAAUAUGAACAUUUCUAUGUGGCCAAUGAGUACCUGAAGUACCGUUUAAGUGUUCAUGGCUAUAGCGGCACGGCAGGAGAUGCCCUUCACUACAGCAGGCAUUACAACCAUGAUCAGAAGUUCUUCACAACUCCUGACAAGGACAAUGACAGGUAUGCCUCAGGAAAUUGUGGGGCAUACUACAGCUCUGGCUGGUGGUUCGACGCAUGCUUGUCUGCCAACCUCAAUGGCAAGUACUAUCACAAGAAGUACAAAGGUGUUCGUAAUGGAAUCUUCUGGGGUACGUGGCAUGGUGUUUCGGAUGAUACUCCCAGUGGAUAUAGGCAAGCCUUUAAAUCAGUAAAAAUCAUGAUCAGACCCAAAAGCUUUGUGCCUUAAUUCUAUACCUUCUCUUAACUAGUUUGCUUUGGAUUGCACUCAAGAUGAUAUUUACUCAGUGUUAUACUCAGAAUUCAUAUAUUCAGUUAUGUUUGUUGUAACAUAGUUCUAGACAACAUAUUUCCGUGGUGUUUCCCAUGUAAUUAUCAAAGACAGCAUGAAUGAUUCUGAACAGUUGUUGCUAAAACUUAGCAUAGGUUAAGUCUUGGUAUUGUUAUAUAAAUGUUCUAAACAUUGCUUUUGGUGCUUUUACUGUAUGUGAUACACAAGAUUUUUAAAUAGUCUUCUACAAGUUGUGUCUGAAUGAACGUCUACAUUUUUACCUGAAUAUAACUCAGAGGAAUAUCUGAAAACAUACAAAUUUAUUAAAUACUUAGAAUGAAACUUUGUACCUCUGAUACCGCCCAACUUUUUGUAUCAUCUAUCCUUCACAACUUCAAAGAUAUACCAUGGGAAUGUCAAUAUAAAUUAGGAAAAGUGCAAUAUAAUACUAUUUUUAAAAAAAUAGGGAACAGAGGGCCACAUGGUUUGCUAAAAAAAAAAAAAAAAAAAAAAAAAGCCUUGAAUAAAACUUAGAAAAUGAAGAUGAUUCCUCAAAUCUUAUUCCAUUUAUCAAAGAUUAUUUAAACAAGUUGCUGAAAGAACUGGGUAAAAGCAAGUGGAAAUAAUGCAUAGAGCACGUAAUGAAAGACAAUCUUCUUGCUCGUUUCAAUUCUUCUGUUCAAGCUCAAUGUCCUUUUCAUCAUUUGUGGGAGAAAGGAACUGUUACAUAGCUUUUCACUGAUUUACGUAGGUAGGUGGACAGGUAGGAAGAAGACAUAUCAAGAAUAAUACAAGUCUUUGUAUUAAUGCCUCUAAGUGCAUACCAAAAAAGAGACUUUUAGGAAAAAAAAAAUCUUUUAGGUAAGCCAAAUGUUAUAAGAUGGCUCCUGUAGAGACUCAAGCUCUUAUUUACGGUUCUCACUCUAUGUACCAUUAGACCUUAAAUUAUAUGUAAGAUGAUAAAUAAUUUGUAACACAAGAUUGUGUUCUCCCCAUUUUCUGAGCACCCAUUUUGUAAUCAAAGAAACUUGAGUAAUCCAUUAGCCAUUACAAACAGAAAAGAGAAUAAGUGAAGGAAUAUUUUCUUCUAAAAUAAUAAAAAAAGAAACAAUCAACUUUUUGUAUACUUCAAGUGCAAUUUAAAGACACUGUUAUUAUAGCUCACAUUGUAGAUAGCGAGCACAAAUUUGCCUACACGUACCUAUUGCCUACACUAGAAAAGACAUGUCUCUAUAAUCACAGUGAUUAACAUUCUGAGAGGAGAUGCAAAUUUUCUUAGCAAGAGGUAUUUAGCUAAUGCUAUGUAGCCAAUACCAAUUUUGAGAGGCAGACAAACAAUUCAAUGACUCUAUUUCUUUACCAGUAGAAGUAUGGUCUUUGUUGGCAUAGUCUUUUUGGUUAAAAGAGACAUUUCUUGGCAAUGAUAAGCAACAGAUCUGUGCCAACAAAACUAUAAGCACACACCUGGCCAAAUACUUUACAAGUAAGACCUUUACUGUUUUUAAGAUGAUAACCAAAACUAUCAUGGUUACAAGUGAUGGAAAUGAGAAACAGUGGCAAUUUCUAGAUUAUAGAAUAUUAAUAUAUAUAUUUUAAGAGAGUAAAUACUUUGAAGGAAGUGUAAUUUGGUUUUAUACAUUUCAAUUUUAAAGAUUAAUGGGAGAUUUAAUUGUAAGAUGUAUAAUCUUUGCUUGAAGACAUGUGAAGUAUAGAAUAUUUAUUUUAGGAUAAAAAGGAUAGUCUAAACAACAACAAAAAAAAAUCUUAUGAAGUAUUGGUUAGAAGAGCAAAUAUCUAAUUGCAUAUGAUUAUAUUUAAUCAUUUUUCAUGAAAUGCACAAUUUGCUCCCAUUCAUUACAUGGUAACUAGAUAAGUAUGACUUACAGUAUCUAUAAGCUUCUACUUGAAAAUGUCUUUUUCCUGCUAAUUUGUUGGAAGGGAACCUAUUCAUUUUUUAUUUUUGUUUUGCUUAAAGAAAACUUUGUAAAAAAGAAAUUUUAACAGAAUAAGCAAAUGUGACUAAUAUCACCCACAAAACCCUUGACCAACCUCUUAAAGAAAAAAAAAAAAAAAAAGGAAGAAAAAAAAAAAAAGAAAAAAAAUGUAAAAAUUGCAAUGUUGUUACACAAAUCUGCAUACUACCUGCCUGGAACUGUUGUAGCUGAAUCUCCAUCAAUGUGUACUAGUUUUACAAAGUGUAACUCCAUGUAUUUUCUGCAAGCAUUAUUUUGUUUUCACUUACUGUAAAUAAAAUUGUCACAUUGUUAAAGCUG